AUGGCUGAUACACACCAGUUCGAUGUGAAUAAGCUCUUUGGGGUUCAAGAUUUUGUGGCUGUGGUCACCGGAGGAGGUACAGGUAUUGGGCUCAUGGCCGCACAAGCUCUAUCUGCGAAUGGUGCCAAAGUAUACAUUACGGGUCGACGGAAAGAAGUAUUAGAGAAUGCGGCGAAGAGUCACCAACCUACCAAGGGCAAAGGCCAAAUCAUUCCUAUCGGACCUUGUGAUGUGACUAAGAAGGAAGAUAUAGAGGAAUUGGUUGUGGGUCUGAGCAAACAGGAGAAGUACAUCAACCUCCUGGUUUGCAAUGCCGGUAUCUCGGGUCCGAAGGCUGAGCCUAAGCACAGAGAGGCCGACGAUCUUAAGGCACAGCUAUGGAACAACGAAGACCCUGAUGACUGGCAUGACAACUUCAACACCAAUGUCACUGCAGUGUACUUUACGACCGUGGCCUUCCUCCCUCUUCUACAAGCCGGUAUUCGUCCUAAAGGACCCUUGGAACCGUACUCUAGCUCCGUUAUAACAAUUUCAUCCAUGUCCGGCAUAAUGCGACAUGCUCAGGGUCAUUUUAGCUAUAAUACGGCCAAGGGCGCAACGAUCCAGUUAACGAAGCUCAUGAGUGCUGAGUUCCAGAAGGCUGAAAUUAGAGUUAACUCUAUAGCACCGGGAUAUUUCCCUAGCGAGAUGACGGCAAAAGGUAGUGACGAGAGGCAGAAAAGUCAUGUACCGCCAGAGAAAAUUCAAGAUAAAGGACAUGUUCCGCUUAUGAGAGCAGGGCGUGAGGAAGAGAUGGGAAUGACUGUCCUGUAUCUUGCCAAGAACCAGUAUGUUAACGGUGAGAUCAUCGCGGUUGAUGGAGGGGUUCUGAACGUUCUCGCAGGACGAUGAGGGGACGCGCCUAGUGUCUUUCAAUAACGUGAUAACAUCGCAACGAAUACCUAUGGAGUUUAAACGUUGUAAAAUAGCUUGAGCCAGGUACAUAGGAUUUAGAGAGAAAAUAAGAUAGCAAG